UUUUUAUUGAGUAAUUGUUUUUUGAAUAACAAAACAAAUAUAAUUGAAAUCAUAAUUGAAUUCAAAUUUUUUUAUAGUUUUUAGUCAACAAAACAAAAACAAAACAAAUGUCUCAAACAUUACAACAAUCAUUGUCUGCGGCCAACACUUCCGCACCGCUAAUAUCGGCCCAAUUGAUAGCACCGCCGACAGCUGUAGUCAACAAUAAUACUGCCGCCGCCGUCGCCGCCAACACAACAGUGGCCACUGCAACCGCGGCCACUGUAGCAUCCAAUAGCAUGCCAUUGUUGGUCAACAAUGGCGCCGCCGCCGUUGCCGUCCAGUCGAUGGCCAACAACAACAACACCAAUAAAUUACCGAACAUUUUAAGCCAACAACUCUUGCAACAGCCGCUCAUUCAUCAUCCGUCGCCCGCAACCGCCGCCACGGCCGCCGCCGCCAUCAUAUCGGUCACACAGCCGUCGACGCCGACGCCAACACUGAAUCAAUCGCUGAGCAAUACAGUAGCCGCGGCUGUGGCCGCCGCUACCAGUGAUCUGCCGCCGAUGACCACCAAACUCACCAACGGUCCGAUGCUUAUGGAUUCGACUACAACGUCGUCGAUGUCGUCACUAUCGUCAUCAUUAUCGCCGUCGCCAUCAUUGUUGACCAACAAUAUAACGGCGUCGUCGACAGCGGGAGUAAUACCACCGUCACAGCCGGCGCCUACACCGACACCGACAACAACAGCAACACCACAGUCGUCGAUAGCCAUGAAGAAUCCGGUGGUCGUAUUGGACAAGUGUCGUCUCCAGGAGUUAGUACAAGAAGUCGAUCCCAAUGAACAACUAGAAGAAGAAGUCGAAGAUAUGUUGUUGACAAUUGCCGACGAAUUUAUUGAAUCGCUGGUCUAUACGUCGACAUUGUUUGCCAAACAUCGGAAGUCGUCGACAUUGGAUGUCAAAGAUGUUCAGUUGGCUCUGGAGAAGAACUGGAAGAUGUGGAUACCGGGCUUCGGUAGCGAUGAUAUACAACGGCAGACAAAGAAAUCGUUUUCGACUGAAGCACACAAACAGCGUAUGGCUUUGAUUAAGAAGACUAUGAAGAAGUUAUGAAGAACUCAUGGGAUGUCAUGUCUUCAUAUGUCAUGUUUUUUUUGUAUUAUUAUUAUUAUUAUUUGAUUAUUAGUAGUAUUUUUUUGUGCAAAUGAUUUACAACAACAACAACAACAUAAUAAUUAGUUAGUGAAUGAUUAGUAGUACCGGUAGUAAACUAAAACCCAAUUGUUUUUUUUUUGACGAUUAUAUAUAUAUUUUUUUGUAUUUAUCGUAAAUUAUUAUUAUUAUAUUAUUAAUGACAUUAAAAAUAAUUACCGUAUA